UAUUCAUAAUUUGUAUUGUCAAUUAUUAAUUAUCAUGAUUAUUAAUAAGGAAAAAUUCACAUAAAUAAUCCAAACUAUGAGAGGUCUUCUCAUAUUAAUCAAAACUAUGAGUUAUUAUUGUAUAAUCUAAACUUUAAUGUGAGUCUUCUUUUAUUACUCCAUUAAGACUGAUUACCGGUUAUGCAAGUAAAUAGAAGAUGUAGUGCUCAACUCCCUCCAAAAAUGAUUUGCUUUUACAUUAAAAAAAAAAAAAGAAAAGUAAAAACAAAAACAAUUAAUAACCUAUACUUGCCCCACUACCCACCGUACAAUGUAAAAACCCCCCCCCAAAAAAAUCAAGUUCUUCCAUUUGACAAAUUUUUGUUCAUUCUUCACGCACAACGAAGAACAAAUUUUUAAUUUCAUGGUCUACAAUUAUGCUUUUUAAAGGGGUUUGUAUUGGUUGAUUACGAGUUACUUUGAUUCGUUUAUUACCUAAAUUUCUAUAUAAUUGAGUUUUAUUUUUUGUUUAAUUUGUUUUGACAAUUGAGUAGAACAUGGACAUUGUGGUGACUUUGAAAAUGUGGUGUGGUGGUUCAUUCAAGAAGGAUAAUGGGGUAUUGCAAUAUUUUGGGGGUGAAUGUAGGACCUUUGAACUUGACUCUGAUCAAUUAUGUUGGUUUUGGCUAGAGGAGUUUGCUAAAAGUUGUGCUGGGGAAUCAAAAAUUGAGAUAAUCUACUACCUAAUUUCUAGGUUUGAUGGCUUAGAAAAAGGAUUAAGGAGGGUUUACAGUGAUGAUGAAAUCAGGGAGAUGAGUAAGAUAGCUGUGAGGGAUAAAUGUGUGGAGUGCUAUGUAGUAUAUGAGAAAGAUGAGCUUGUAGAAUCAGUAUCUCCGAAAAACAGAGUUAGUAAGGGAAAACCAUGCACCCCUAGAAGAAAUAAAAAUGUGAGUGAGACAAUAUGUGAUACUUUAUUCUCAAAAGAUGACAUAGAGUCAACAUUUUUGCACAUGACCCCAACUAGCCAAACAAACCCCACCAAACAAAAUUGGCAAAAUAGUUUUUUUAAUUUGCUCACUUGUAACUCUCCCAUAAAUACCAGCUUUAAUGAACUGAACACAACAAAAGAUGUUCUUCAUCCAGAGAAUAGCCAAGCUCCACCAUUAACCCAAACACAACUACAUUCACCUAUCCAAAACAACCAUGCAAAACAAAGAGACCACUUUAUUCAACCUGUAGAUCCUAAUUACAGUUGGGAAGAUCCAAGAGAUGAGGAAGCAGUAGAUUGGGGAACCUUUUUUGGUGGAUAUGAAGUAGAUCCUGAUGAUUAUGACAAUGAUGAUCCAGAUUAUGAAGUUGACUUUGAUUUGGCAGGAGGAUUGGUAGGUGUACAAGGAAAAGAGCCUAAUUUUGAAGAGGAUUUUGAGGAUGAAAUAGAACAUGAGUUGGAUAAUGAAGGUGGAGCUGAAUAUGAGGAGGAAUUAGAAGAGCAAAUACCUCCAUCUGAUGGUGGAACCAGUGAUGAAGAGUAUGUGAACACAAGAGAACAAUUAAAAGGUUGGAAUACCAAGGCGGUUGACAUGGCUUUACAGCUUCAAAAAGAAGCUGAACAAAGAAAGUUAGCUGGCCAAAGACAAAAUACUCAAAAUAGAGAAGGAGACGGGGUGAUAGUUAAUGACUUUCUGAGUGAGUAUGAAGAUUCAGAGGAGGAAAUAGCCACACCAGAUGAGCAUGAGGAGGAAGACAACAUAUUACUUAGAAAAAGAAGAGUAAGAGUUCCUGUUGUUGAUAAUAGUACAGAUUUCAAUAAAUUACAAUGGAAGGUUGGAAUUAGAUUUGAAAAUAGAGAAAAAUUUAGAGAUGUUGUCAAAUAUGCUAUUGCUCAAGGUAGAAAUUUAUUCUGGUGUAUAAGUGACAAAAAGAGACAACAACGGUUGGGGGCAAGGUGUGUUGGGAAUUGUCCUUUCAAGAUAUAUGCUAGCUGGGAAAACAGGAGGUCUUGCUUUGUGGUGAAAUCUGUAACACUACAGCAUACUUGUAACAGGAAUAUGGAGUUAAAUAGGCAAUUAAAAUCUAGUUGGGUUGCUGAACAACUCCUUGAGGUUUUCAAGUCAAGACCUCAUUGGCCAGCAAAAGAUAUCAUUGAAACAAUUAGAUUAGCCUAUAAGAUAAUUGUGAAGAAAAAUUAUGCUUAUAAGGUUAAGUAACUAGCACAUAGAAAACUACAUGGGAGCAUGAAGGAGCAUUAUAAUAAGAUUGGUAGGUACAUUGGAGCCUUGAAAACAACGAGUGCAAGCAAUACUUUCACCAUUAAGACUGAUCCUUUUCAAAACAUUUAUCCACCUGUUUUCUAGAGAAUGUUCGUGUGUUUUGAAGGUGUGAAAAAGGGUUGGAUUGAUGGAUGCAAAAGAGUAUUGUGUGUGGAUGGUUGUUUCUUAAAAACCUUUUUAGGAGGACAACUACUAGCUGCAGUCGGUACAGAUGUGUAGACACCUAAAAAUGUCUCCCCAAAACCAAACCCGUUGAUGAACACCUUUCACCGCCAUUAUUGGUC